AUGUUCUUUUUUUUUUUGUACCAUUUGGCCAUAUUUUCCCUGUUUAGCUUUUCCCUGACGUGUACUUUGCAAAGAGGAAAGAGUGCUGCCUACUUGGGGUACCACCCCCAGGACGCUUGUCCGUUUGGAAGACUACUAGUAAGGAGGAAGGAGAAGAGGUGCGCCGAAGGGGGGAUCCACAACAGAAUCACCCGUUGUGACACAAAUUGUGUGAAAAAAACGUACCUUUUUGCAGAGAGGGGAGUUGGGCACCAUGAUGAGUUGAUCUUCGAAGGGGGAAUGAUCCCCCAGGGGGAGGAGGACCCACCCGAUGGGAAGCCUCCCCAAAAGGGGGAACUCUAUUCGGAGGAGGUGGACACAAAGGAGAAGAGGUUUGCUACGGUUCGAAGCGGCGUGGACAGGCUUCUUUUCGUGAACAGAAACUUGUUCUAUACUCUACAGGAGGGAGGUUGCCUUCCCAUCGAGGGGGAUUCCCCUGUUGACUCGAAGAAGAAGAAGGUACAGACAGAUGGAAAAUGCCCAGAAGAGGUAGAAAUGCUUCUACAGGGAAUGCAUAACUUCCAUUUGGAUGAGGAGCGGGUAGGAAUGUAUACUGAUCUGAUCAGGGGGAUAGUUGAACAGGGGGUGAUUCCCUUGGAGAUUGUUCAGUCAGGGGGGAAGGUGGAUACGCUCGACAGGGAGAUUCGAAAUUACGUGGCAAUGCUGUUAUUGCGUGCGGGGGGGACUAUCCCGGUGGAAAGUACCCCAUUGGAAGGUGACGAUGCUGCUAGUGGGGAGUCCCCUCUCAAACGGAAGGACCACCUGAGGAACGUUGCGAAAAAGCUGCUGCUGCUGAAGGAAGCAAUGGUAAAGCUAGCCAAGGAGCAUAAAAUAAAAAUCGACACAAUCUACAUAGACGGAAAAACGGGAGACGUGAAGGUCAAGCGGAACUGCUUCGAAGAUGGAAAUGAAAAGAGAAGUAACUGGAAGCUGAUUUUUUUGGGGACAGGGUCCAUGUACCCCUCCACGAACAGAGGCACAUCCUCCUUUCUCCUCCAGACGACAAAAAAAAAAUGCAACGAAGCGUUCCUUUUUGACUGUGGGGAGAACACCUUCAUUGCUUUGCAAAGGGCAAGCAUAAAAAUGAGUAAAAUAAAAAAUAUUUUCCUGACGCACCUGCAUGGAGACCACUGCUUGGGGAUUAUUUCCGUCCUUACCAUGUUGCGAAAUUCUAACACGAUUAAUAUUUACGGCCCGGAGGGAACUCACCGUUUUUUGAGGAACACCUUCAGCUCGACGUACUCUAAACGGAUGGCCAAGUUUUUCGUAUACGAGAUGAAAGGUGGGGGGACAAUCCAGUCUGCAAAAAUGGCGCCAUCUCCUGCGGGGAAAUCACCAAUUGCUUCCUUGCGAAAAAAACGAGACGACGUGGAAUUCCUCCCCCCGAAUGAGGAUAACACGUAUACAGUUCUGCGAAACGAUUACUUAGAAAUCUUGGGUUUCCCCAUUAAGCACACGGUGCCCACCAUUGGCUACAUCGUAAGGGAGCUUAACGUCGAGAGCAAGUUCAACGCACCCUACAUAGAUGAACUUAUUAGAAAAAACUACGACGAACUGAAGAAAUGCGAAAAGUUAGAAUUCGACCCGUACAAGAUUUAUGAGCAUGUCAUACGAAAAAUGAACGAGGGGGACGUUGUCGUUUUCCCAGACAAAACGCAGCUCACCUUUGGGAAUGCAUACAAAGAGAUCUACAGGGGGAGGAAAAUAGUUAUUUGCCAGGACACCUAUGAUGCAUCCAGUUUGGAGAAAUUUGCCACCGAUGCGGAUGUGCUAAUCCACGAAGCGACAAACAGCUUAAUCGACUUAACAGACCAGGGUGUGGCUCCUCUGGAUGGGUUCUGUGAGGAUGACGUAGGGCGGUCCCUUCCAAGUGUUGCACAUGCGGGGGAAGCUGUCCCCCCGAGUUGCGUCUCCGGUGAAGUGGGCACUCCAACUAACCAGGAUGAUACUACGCUUAGCAAUGAGAAGAGUUGUUCUAAACAGAUGUCCCCCCUCCUAGUCAGAAAGUACAACAAGAUCAUUGCCGAGCGGGGGCACUCCACGGCAAACAUGGCUGGAACAUUUGCCAAAAAAAUAAACGCCAAGAAACUCAUUCUAACGCACUUCUCCCAGAGGUACAUUGGAGACAAUAAACUGAAAAACGUUGCCGUCAUGCGUAGAAUCGAGAAGGAGGCAGAGGAAUCAUUUGGAGGGAUCACCCAGGGGGAGAGUGAAGACGCGCCAAACACAUCUAACACCACUGAACCAAAUUGCGACGGUCAAAAGGAAGUCAUUGCUGCGUAUGAUGGGUUAACCGUGUAUGUCCCACCGCAGAGGGUAAAGUGA